AUGGAUCGAUUUUUAUUGAACAGUCAUAAUCGUUGUGUAGAGGAGGAAAGUAUACCCUCAACCAGUAACAGCCCGACUGUAAAAAAACGAAAAUAUCGGAAGUAUGAUGAUAGUUACUUGGAAUUUGGUUUUACUUCUACAGAAGUGAAUGGUGAAGAAAGACCAUUAUGUGUAUUGUGUAUGAAAGUUUUAGCACCAGAAUGCAUGUUGCCAAGUAAAUUGAAGCGCCAUUUGGAAACGAAUCAUAAGUAUGCGGUUGGAAAAUCUCGCGAUUACUUUGAUAGAAAGAGGAAAGAACUAAAACAGGAAAAAAGUAUAUUUUUUAAUAAUGCAUCAAUACCAAACAAUGCAUUGAUAGCCUCUUAUAAAGUUGCUUUUAGAAUCGCAAAAUGUAAGAAACCUCAUACAAUUGCAGAAGAGCUUAUCCUACCAGCUGCUUUAGAUAUGGUAAACAUUAUGAUUGGCGAAUCGGCUGGGAAAUUACUUUCAAAAGUGCCGUUGUCUAAUAAUACAAUUAGUCGCCGAAUUCACCAUAUGGCAGAUGAUCUCAAUGAUCAGUUGAUAGAAAAACUUAAAGAAAAGGCAUUUGGGUUGCAGCUGGAUGAGGCUACGGAUAUUAAUAAGGAUGCUCAUUUGAUAUGCUACAUAAGGUUCAUAGAUAAUGAUGACAUGGUAGAAGAUUUACUCUUUUGUAAAAAUAUUACAGCUGGUGCCAAGGCUCAGGACUUAUUCGAGAUUCUUGAUAAUUUUAUGUCUGAAAAUAGUGUAGAUUGGACUAAGUGUGUUGGUGUCUGUACUGAUGGCGCUCGUUCUAUGUCUGGCUGCUAUGGAGGAUUACAGGCGCUUAUUCAAAACAAAGCUCCUGAUGCACUGUGGACUCAUUGUAUUAUUCAUAGAGAAGCACUUGCAUCAAAAUAUCUGAGUCCUGAACUGAACCAAGUCUUAGAAUGUGUAGUGAAUGUGGUCAAUUAUAUAAAAACUCGUCCACUGAAAUCGAGAUUUUUCAAAAAACUAUGUGAAGAUAUGGGAGCUGAACACACAAGUUUGCUGUACUAUAGCAGUGCACGAUGGUUGUCGCGCGGUAAUAUGAUACUACGUACGUUUGAACUACGAGAGGAAAUUUAUGUAUUUAUUAAAGAAGAAGGACAUAAACAUGCCAGUGAAUUUUCCAAUAAAGAAUUUUUAAUAAAAUUGGCAUAUUUGUGUGACAUUUUUGAUAAACUGAAUGAACUGAAUACCUCUUUGCAAGGAAAAAAUAUGCACCUUUUGAAGUCAAUGGAAAAAAUUUCAGCUUUUAUUAAAAAACUCAAAUUAUGGAGAAGAAAAAUGAAUGAAGGCACGAGUAAGGAUUCUUUUUUAACUUUACAGCAGUUUUUGACCUCUAACGGAGUUAAAAUCUCUCAAGAUAUGAAAUCUAUUUUUGUAGAUCACCUAUCACAACUCGUCAUUUGGUUUGAAAAAUACUUUCAAAAUGAAAAUAUAGAUAAAUUUUCUUGGAUUCAAGAUCCAUUCAACUCUACUGCUCCAUCUGAGUUUACUUCUACCGAAGAAGAGAGUCUUAUCGAGUUGUCUUGCGACAAUAGUUUGAAGACUAAAUUUAGCAGUAUAGAUUUAACCAAAUUUUGGAUUUCUAUAAAAGAUGAAUAUCCUCUUUUAAGUGAUAAGGCUCAACGUAUUUUAAUUCCGUUUUCGACAUCAUAUUUGUGUGAAGCUGGGUUUUCGGCGGUUGCAGUAAUAAAAAGCAAGUAUCGAACCAAAAUCAAUGUUGAAAAAGAAAUGAGAGUAGCUGUGUCUUGUUUAAUUCCAAGAUUUGAAAAAAUGUGCAGUGAUAUGCAAGCACAUCCAUCACAUUAA